UAACACAGGCAGGCAGGCAGGCAGCACAAGGCGAAGGCUCACCUGCAGAAGGAGGGCAGGCGGCAGAGAGGAAGGUUGCUGCUGCUGCUGCAUCAAGAGCUCCCAGGCUCUCCUCGCCCAGGCACGCCACACGCGCAAACACGUGCCGAUCCAGCCACUCUCUCUGCCCAAGAAUUGCACUCGCCUCCUCCGUUCCGUUUGUUGAACUGUAGCACAGAUUCUGAAGCCUACAAUGGGAGCAUCUGUGGAGCUUGUCUUGUUUUCAUUAGCCUUCGUCUCUUUUACAGUCUUGAGGCCAACAGAGAGUACUCUAAGGAACUAUGGACCAAUCUUUGAAGAACAACCACGUAACAUCAUCUUUCCAGAAGGAUCAACAGAGGAGCAAAUACUGUUGGUUUGCCAAGCACGAGCCAGCCCUCCUGCGACCUAUAGGUGGAAGAUGAAUGGCACAGAGAUCAAAAUAGAGCCAGAUUCCCGUUAUAGGUUGAAUGGGGGCAACCUGGUGAUCAGCAACCCAGUGAAAGCCAAAGACACUGGGUCCUACCAGUGUGUGGCAUCCAACUCCGUGGGCACAGUAGUCAGCAGAGAAGCUUCCAUUCGCUUUGGCUUUUUGCAGGAAUUCUCUACAGAGGAGCGAGACCCCGUGAGGGUUACGGAGGGCUGGGGGGUGAUGUUUACUUGCAGCCCACCUCCCCAUUACCCAGGACUUGCAUACCGCUGGUUUGUGAACGAAUUCCCCAACUUCAUCCCAGCAGACGGAAGGCGUUUCAUCUCCCAAAAAACGGGAAACCUUUACAUUGCUAAGACAGAGGCCUCUGACCUUGGCAACUACUCCUGCUUUGUCACUGGCCAGAUUGAUUCCAUUCAGAAGAGUGUCUUUAGCAAAGUUUCUCAGCUCAAUCUUCUUAGAGAAGAUUCCAGGCCGUUUGCUCCCAGUAUUAAAGCCAAGUUUCCCUCUGACACUUAUGCUCUGGCCGGGCAGCUGGUGGCUUUGGAAUGUUUUGCCUUUGGGAACCCUGUCCCUCAAAUAAAAUGGCGGAAGUUGGACGGUAGCCAAUCCUCUGAGUGGAUCACAACGGAGCCCCUUCUACAGUUUAAGGAGAUUGGCUUUGAAGAUGAAGGCACUUAUGAGUGUGAAGCUGAAAAUGCCCAAGGAAAAGACACCUAUCGGGGCCGCAUCAUCAUCCAAGCUCAGCCAGAAUGGCUGAAGGUCAUCUCAGACAAAGAGGCUGACAUCGGAGCAGACCUUCGCUGGAGUUGUGCUGCAGCUGGCAAGCCAAGGCCUACUGUCAAAUGGCUACGGAACGGGCAGCCCUUAACCUCUCAGAAUCGCAUUGAAGUGAAUAGUGGGGAUUUGAGAAUUUUAAAGUUAACAAUGGAGGACUCGGGGAUGUACCAGUGUGUCGGAGAGAACAAGCAUGGCAGCAUUUAUGCAAGUGCUGAAUUGGCUGUGCAAGCCUUUGCUCCAGAUUUUCGGCUAAAUCCCGUGAGGCGACUAAUACCAGCAGCUCGAGGCGGAGAAAUCAUUAUCCACUGCCAGCCAAGAGCUGCACCAAAGGCCAUUAUACUCUGGACCAAAGGGACUGAGCUUCUGAGCAAUAGCUCUAGCAUCACCAUCACUCCAGAUGGCACCUUGAUCAUUCGGAAUAUUAGCAAGUUAGAUGAGGGCAAAUACACCUGCUUCGCGGAGAAUUUCAUGGGCAAAGCAAACAGCACAGGAGUUCUCUCAGUUCGAGAUGCCACUAAAAUCACCCUCGCGCCAUCCAGUGCUGACAUUAAUGUAGGUGAGAAUAUUACCCUUCAAUGCCGUGCCUCUCAUGACCCAACAAUGGACCUCACCUUUACUUGGUUUCUGGAUGACUUUCUCAUUGACUUUGUCAAGUCCGAAGGCCACUACAAGCGAGCUAGUACAAAAGAGAACAUUGGAGACCUUUUGAUCUUGAAUGCUCAGCUGAAACAUGCUGGUCGAUAUACUUGCACAGCUCAGACAGUGGUGGACAGUGCUUCUGAGUCAGCAUUGCUGGUUAUAAGAGGUCCUCCAGGGCCACCUGGUGGGUUGGUGGUGAGGGACAUCAAGGACACCACUGUGCAGCUGAGCUGGAGCCGAGGCUUUGAUAACCACAGCCCCAUUGCCAAAUAUGUCAUCCAGGCCCGCUCUCCACUCUUCUCCAAGUGGAAGCAAGUGCGCACCAAUCCUGCAAAUAUUGAAGGUAAUGCAGAGACGGCCCAAGUGGCCAACCUCAUUCCAUGGAUGGAUUAUGAAUUUCGGGUCCUGGCCAGCAACAUCCUUGGAGUGGGAGAACCCAGUGUGCCUUCUACCAAGAUCCGCACCAAAGAAGCUGCCCCUACUGUUGCACCAUCUGGGCUCAAUGGAGGUGGAGGAGCACCUGGAGAACUCAUCAUCAACUGGACGCCAAUGCAACGGGAGUACCAAAAUGGAGAUGGGUUUGGAUAUAGGCUCUCUUUUCGCAAAGAAGGCACUCAGGUGUGGAAGACAGCAAGCGUGCCCCAUGCGGAAUCCCUACAUUAUGUUUAUCGCAAUGAGAGCAUCGCACCCUAUACUCCCUUUGAAGUGAAGAUCAAGGCCUUCAACAGGAAGGGGGAGGGGCCAGAGAGCCUGGUGUCCAUUGUGCAUUCUGCGGAGGAAGAACCAAGAGUGGCUCCCUCUAACGUUACUCUCAAGGCAGUGUCGGCCACAGAAUCAGAUUUUUCUUGGGAUCCCGUGGAGCAACAUGAAAUGAAUGGAGUCCUUUUGGGCUAUGAGAUCCGGUACUGGAAACAUGGUGACAAAGAGGAGGCUGCUGACAGAGUGAGGACCGCAGGACUUGUCAACUCAGCACGUGUGACAGACCUCCAACCCAACACCAAGUAUCGUGUAGCUGUCAGAGCUUACAACCGGGCUGGGACCGGGCCAGCCAGUCCUCCCACCAGUUUCAUGACUACAAAACCACCACCGAAAAGGCCACCAAGCAACAUUUCCUGGAAGUUUUCCAGCACCAGCAUUAGCAUCAAGUGGGAUCCUGUGGUCGCCAGUUCAGAUGAGUCUGCUGUCACUGGGUACAAGAUGCUGUACCAGUCGGACCCGCACUCAGCUCCUGUUCUGUACACAGCCGCCAAAAACUGGAUUGAGAUCAUGGUUCCAGAAGACUCUACUCAUGCAGUGGUGCAAAUCAGGACGACUGGUCCAGGAGGAGAUGGAGUCCCAGCAGAGGUGCGCAUCCUGAGAAACAGUGGGACCAGUAUGAUGGUGCAAAAUUCUGCUGACCGUCCAAUGACAAAUACAGUGGUUGCUCUGAUGUACUCGCUAAUUCUGUCUGCGCUAAUGGGUUGCUUGGAGCUCUGAUAACCAGCCCCUGUUAAAGAGAGAUGUUGGAUUCCUCCUCAUCAAGCCAGAUUGCAAAUCAACAACUGACCAUUGGGAGUACAAAUUUCUACUACAACUAGUAGCAGAAAAGAACUCAAGAGAGAAAAAAAUAUAUAUACUCUUUUCUUCCUUUUUCUUUUUUUAGAAAAUAGAAUAUUUCAUACAAGACGCGAGUCUUUAAUCAAUCAGUGGGUUUUUUUAACUGAAGAAACAAAAGGAUGAAUUUCAUAUGAAUUCUGGAAACUGGCUGUCUCAUAUUACUGUAUUCAGUAGAUUCUUCUGCCUUACAAAGCCAUGUACAGAAGGAAACAGACUCUUAAAACUCAAUCUUGAACCUUGUUUUCUUUCUUUCUUUUUUUAAAUUACAGAAUAAACGCAGUAUCUUUUGGGGAGAGGUUUUCAAAGUGACGAGCAUGCUCUGUAUCAUUCCAACCAGUAUUGAACUGACGAUUCUUGGGUUCAAAGAUGAAGGAGAACUCACUGAGUGGCAGCAUUAGCCUAAUCACUGCCUUUCAUGGCAACCAACUGAAGUGGAUAAAGCUAAUGGUGAUGGACAAGCAUUUCCCACUCCAGACUUUAGAAGAAGCAAGCAGAGCUUUGUGAAUGGGUUGCCAAAAGUAGAAAAUUGGGGCUCACUGGUGGAACCAAAAACAUUACAGUUGCCUUGCCGUGUGGCUUCCACCCAGUAUGUGCUGCUUGUAAUCUUCGGUGCUUUACCACACUUGGCGCAACACACAUGCACUUACCACUUCUUGCAUUUUCCUUUGGUUUUCUUUCCUUCUCCUCCCCCUGCCCCACCUCACUAGGUGUUCUGCAGAGAAAGAGAUACCAGAGGAGCUUUUAUGUCAGGAAGGAAAAGUUCAGGGUCUGUCUAAAAGGGCAUUUGAAUGCAGUAGACUGGAGGUGGUUACUGCAGAAGCCUCUUUCCACUUUUACAUAGUAAUAUCAUCUGCCCAAACUUUCAUUGACCUGCCUUGGACCUGAGAGCAAAUUCAAUCUAUUAAGUUGCCAUGCCUUUCCACCUGUAGGAAAGUUCUCAGGUCAUGUGUGGUUGCCAAACCAAUAAAUGUUUGGCAAUGUUAUGCCUCUCAAUGCCUACUGAUCACUGUCAGAAUUGAAUAGUAGAUCAAUCGAGCGCCUGAACUAAGACAUAAGAAUGCUCACAGACACCUUUUGUUUCUCAGAACAUUCUUCAGUGAUUUAAUGUUUGUGCUUAGCUGGUGUAUCUCUCUUAGUGUGCUUUACAUCUUUCGUAGACUAAGGAAGGGG